AUGCCUCUCGGAGUACGACCCUUCCGCAAGACAAUCCCGGCUUCAAGGACCAAGUGUCCAGUAUGCGCGACUAUCAUCGUUUCGAGCGAUGAUCUUUAUUCCAUUACUGUAAACGGUGUGGAGAUCGGAUCAGGAAACGGUUGGACUCAUCCCGCUGUCUACACUGUAGGCCUGCAGCCCGAAAACGACAACGUCCUUGCCAUCGCUGGGAACAGCACAUACAGAGAUGCCGUGCCACGAUCCUUGUUGAUUAUAAAGAUGGCACCACUGAAACUACACCGAUACUUCGACGACGCUCCAUGGGGUAACACAGUCUCGAUUCUGGCAGGAACAAGCACGCCUUGGGGUCAGCCGUUUGUACUCCCGCCAGUGAUGAGCAUGACGGGUACGAGACAGAUCUGGACCAACAAAACUGAUGCAAAUGGGUAUGAGCCUAUUGAGCACAGACCAUUGCGCAAGACCAUCACUUCGCUCUACGGGAAGGCUGCUGUCUGUGGAAAGGUUGUUGUCACUGCGGAUAAUGCGUAUACGCCAUAUGUCAAUGUCGUUGCUGUCGAUGGAGAGAACCAACCUCCCCUUUCUAAGGCUUGGGUUGUCGCCAGUAUCUUGAUUGCGUAG